AGUGCCGGGAGGAGCCUCUGAGCUUUGAUGGCUCUUAACUGGAGAAAAUAUUUUUUUGAUGCUUCGGAAGGAAGCAGCAGACUGGGAAAAGGCCCGUGAGGAAGCCAGGACUCUUACCAGGUAAGCGUGUUUGUGGUUUUCCCCCGUCACCACUGUAGGGUGAAACUAGCCUGUUGAGAAAAGUUUGAGCUGCUGGGAGGGGGGCAGGAAAAGCAGAACAGAGAAAGGUUGUAGUGUAAGCUUAAAGCGUAUAUUUUGCUUGCAGGAUGUCUCAAAUUUCACCCUCAGCAACUCAAGUUACAGCUGGAAAAGAGACCCCCAACACACACACACACACACCCCUCUGAAAUCCCUGAGACCUGCUGCCAGUCAGUGUAUGGACAAUGCAAGUUGGACCAAUAGGCUGACUCAGUAUGAAGUGGUUUCCUAUGUUCCUAUGGAAUGACUUCAGGGCUUCAGGGCUGGAGCUCAGAUUUGCAAUGUGAGACCAGGCUGCCACUGAGGCUGCCCUGAAAACUUUCACCUCUUUGGAGAGUCUGAGAAGCCCCACAUACCUCAGGAGAGGGAAACUGGACUUUGCAAACUCUAGUCCCCUCAUGCUUUAAUUUACACUGGCUGUAAAGGUAUCAACAUGCAAACGGCAAAGAGUCUCAUCUGGAUUUUUGCAAACAAACAUGCAUGAGUAAUAUUCUCUUCUGUAAGCCGGGUGGGUGUGGUGGAAUGUCUUCCAUGUUUGCAGUGCUUGCAGAUGCUGUGAGGACCUUGUGGGGAAGUGUAGAUCUUGUUCAUUAGUGCCUAGCAGAUCCCAGUAGAAUUCUGGUCAGAAAACAAAAGCACAACAUUCAGAACCAUAGGGUCGCUCGUAACUGUUCAAAUGGCAUCCUCCUUUCAUGCUGGGAAGCAUGGGACUUGUAGUCUCCUUGGCAACUUGAGUUGGAAAGUAGGGAAAACGGCAAAUUUCGCACACCCCACCCUUUCCCACCUCCAGAUCCGCAAGAUGAGUCUUUCACUGUUUGUGAAAGGUGUGCAGUGUGAAUGGUGAGGUGGGCUGUUCCGCCUUUUAUUUUUUUAAAAAUGCUUCUCCACAGUAAUAAGAAAAGUAUUCUUAAGAAAAAAUUAAAAGGGAAAACGCCAUGCAAGCCAAAGAGAGUUACAUCACGCCAGAAAUAUUCAACAAUGGAAAGGAAAGAAUGAAGGAAGGUCUGAACUGCCACAGACCCAUCAUGCCUCACUAGCUGGCUCACCCAAAACCCUACCUCUCACUCUCUCCUCACCUUCAGCGUCAUCCUACAUGCUCCAACUCUCCUUAUUUACAAGGGACGGUCCCAGUUUUCUGUUACUUAUGCCUGAGAAAUCACUGUUGGUUUUAAGGGGUGCCUUAUUCAGAUCUUGCAAGUGAGAAUUGAUAGAGUUGUGCUAGUGCUGGGAAAGUUCAUACUUAAAAGGAACUGGUUCCUUUUUUUUACAAAGCAGGCUAUUCAGUUCAGCUGUAUUCCAAUGAACUUUCUAGUUCUUAAAAACUUCAUCCUCAACAUUUGGAAUAUUACAAGGUGCUGUGUUGAAGUACAGGGUCCAAAAGUAAGUCAGGGGCCACAAGAUGUCUGACAGACAGAAUGUCAACAGAUGAAGUGUUCUUUAUUAUUGUAUUUCCAUAAAAGACAAGGCUUCCCCUGUUUAAUUUGUGCCAGCCACACCGCUGUUAAAGGCACAUGGCAUCAUUCUCUUUGUUCCUGUACCUGUAUUUUUCUGUGCAAGCUGCUCCUGUUGGAAGAGAGUGGAUCUCUCCAGCAGGGAAGAUACAGGAAGUGCCUUACAUUCCUUCCUUCUGAUUGUUUAGCAACAGUGAUUAAAUGACUAAACAUCCUUAACAACAGCAGCACCUGUAUAUCUGCCUAAUAAGCCCUAAAACAUUGCCUCAAUGUUUUGCUUUCUAACUUUAUCAAUAUCUGAUUUACUUACUGUUUUUAAAAUGAAAAAUAAGAGUCCAGACCUCCUGCUGCUGGGGGAAGAGCAUGAACAUGAAGAUGAAGUAGAAAUCAUUCAAAAAUUCUGCCCCAAAAUGAAUGUAAUUGACUUUUAGUUCACUGAUGAAUUACCUUCAGGUGUAGUCCAGAGAUUUUUGAACUGCGAACUUUGUUCAGCUGAACUAGAGGUGAACGAAUCGCUGUUGCACAUGUAUAUAAAUGCAUGCGCAUGAACAUCAAGUCAAUGUGCUAUGCACAAACAGCUGUAUCCUACAUGCAUUCACUAGGCCAGGCUUCUUUGGCCCCCAGAUGCUGUUAACUAAAAUUCCUUCUUCCCUGGCCAUUGGCCAUGCUAGCUGAGGCUGUUGGGAGUUGGAGUCCAACAACAUUUGGGGGGAUAACAGGUUCCCCAUCCCUGCACUAAGGUGUAUUUUUAACUUUUUGUAACAGAUAGAAGACAAAUAAAUGUCUUUGAAUAAAAUUUUAAGGGGAAGAGCAACUGCUCUCCCUAUACAUAAUUUGAUGCAGAACAGGCUAUGGCUGAGUUAAGAAAUAAAGUGUACAAAUGCUUCAGCAAUGUACAAAAGAGGAACUGAGGCGAGUGCCAGGCAAGAUCCUGGCCUUGGUAUGAGAUUAGGGGUGUGACUCACAUGCAGCUCCCUAUUGCCAUAUGUGAAGUGUUGGAUGGUAUCUCACCUUUGCUUCUAUCAGCUAUAAUGGUGCACCACUCCUGUCCUUAUUUCCUUCCAAAACUUAGCAUGCACAAUGUAUGUGGGGCUUCCCUUGUGCUUGUCCCAGAAUCUGCAGUCAGUGCAAAAUGCAGCAAUGUGAUUGCGGAGAGUAGUGAGAUCCUACAAACAUGCUACACCUCUUCUCAAAGAUCUACACUGGCUGCCAAUCUGUAACCACCAUAGCUGAGUGGGGUUUUGAACCCAAGUGUCCAAGAUCACAGUCCUCUAACCACUGCACCACACUAUCUCUUCUACUGUAACAGGAGGGUCUGAAUAAUGGCCAGCAUGUAGGUUCUGCCGUGGCAAUACACCUUUCCAUUCUCCAAUGUUUCUUGCAAGUACCAGCUCCAUCUGAAUGUUCUUUCUACUGCUGUGUGCCACAUGGUAGGGUCUGGAGCACUCAGAUUCCACUAUUUCCAUCAACCCCAUAUCUACUUCCCCUCAAAUAAUGUGAUAGGUAAUGCAGGGUAAGGCCUAUGUGCUGUUUUCCACAAAGCACACCUGUUCCUCCUCAAACACAUGACAGCACCAUUUUGCCCACAGGGCACCUUGAGGAAAUGACAAGAAGACGGGUGCUGGAACUGUCCAGACAUGAGAUGGGUGCUUAAAAUCUCGUGUCACCUCUUUUGCCUCCCAGAAUAUGUCACUUCCCAUCCUUCAGGGAAUGGCCUCCUGGAUUGAAAAGCUGAAUCAGCCAUGCAGGAAACUUCAUCCUUGGCUUAAUUGCAUUCCACCUACAUAUUGUACAAAAAGGUGACUAGAGUUUGGGGUGCUCAAAUAUUUCACUAUAUGCAUUUUAAGCAAAACAACCUAAUUUACACUGUCCAGGUUAAUAUAUGGAUCAGAAAUCAGAAAUCCUUAGGUUUUCACACUUCUCAAAGUUUUGGGACCCAGUUUUUGGCUUAAGAAAAGUAGCAAAAUGCAUACAAAAUUUCAUGUUUUAGGUUAAAAUGUGUAUUUUACUGUAAAAUGUGUACCGAUUCCUUAUUUACAUCCCAGCUUUACACCAAGAAGCUCAAGAUGACAUAAAUGGUUUUCCCCUGCCCAUUUAAUAUUUACAACAGCCCUGUGUUAGGCUAAGAGAUACAGUAGCUGACCCAAAGUCACCCAGUGAGCUUCAUAGCUGGGUGGGGAUUUGAACUCUGGUCUCCCAAGUAUGACACUCUAACUACUACACUAUACUGGCCCAUCUCCCUGAAUAUACAAAAGUAAAGUGAAUUUUCAUGCACUUUGUUGAAAAAGUUGCAGGUUGAUGUGGAAAACACAAGCAUUCUUCAAAAAUUGCACAUUAUUUUACAAUGCAGUUCUCCGGCCAAAUAAUUUUCUGCCCCUUCAGUUUUGCUGGUGUUCAAUUAUGAGCCUGUCGUGUGCCAUUUUGUGAGGAUUUCUUUUUUGAAGGCUGCCUGAAGAGUCCACAUUCAAACUGUAUGCAUUUUGUUCUCACUUUUAAUGUAAGAUGCACCAUGCUUUUCAUGGUAUUUCCCAUGAAACACACAUUUUGUACACUUUUUCCAAUGUAAAAAUGAGAAAUUUAUGGGUCAUUUUAAGCACACUGAAGUUACACUUCAAAAUUAUAGGCAAGUGUGUUGUGACCCACACACAGCUGCAGGAGUCUCAAGUCAACUCUUAUCUGCUGAAGAAAGGGGACUUGAAUAAAUCUCUCCUCCAUCUCUCACUACAACCCUGUUUGCUGAAGGACCACAGAAGCUUUGUGUAGUCACAAGGUCCCUUCCAACUCUACAAUUCGUUGAUUCUAUGAUCUACCAGUUCACCACUACACUCAAGUACACUUAACACAAUGUUUGUAUCUCAAGUUGGAAGUGACUCUGAAUUAGCCAACCACUCCCUCCUCUUCCUUCUAUAACUAGGCACUGCUUAACUGGAUGUUGUUGCGAAAUGGGAGCACCCAGUUUGCUUGGAAGACUGUGCCCAGGACUUACGAUGCUUUCCCUUCACCCCAUUCCAGGAUGUGAUCUCAGCUACUUUUAUAAGACAUCCUGCUGCUUUGCUUCUGUUUGUUGAUUCUUGCAAAGAAUGCUCAUUGCAGACGACUGUUUGUUUGAUUGAUUGACAGUAAUUAUAUACUGCUUUUCGGGCAGGCCUCAUAAAGCAGUUUAUAUAAGAUUAUUACAACAAUAAGCAUCCUUUUUUGUUUUGUUUUUAAAGUUACAAUAGAACAGAAAAGACAAGUUGUUUAGAAGAAGCUGUUAGUGCUUCUUCUCAUUCCCCUAAGGGCUCAUUCUCCUCAGGGCUCAAUUGUCCUGUGCUGGCAGUACAGGAGGGCAGAGGCCACUAAAUGGUGGCUAUUGCUCAGACUUCUGCCUUUUCCCAAAUGUGAACAUUUGGGGAGAAAUUUGAUUCAGUUAUCAUUUAAAGGCAAACUCAUUUGCACUUUCUGAAACAAUAUGCAAACUGGAAUGCAGCCAUCCUUUGAAAUUCACAAUUCUGCAGAUUUUGCAGCACCAUGUAAUGCAUGUGCUAAAGUAAAGUGUGCAUAGAAAUCUACAUAUUAGUGGAUGGAUACAUAUAUAUAUAUAUAUAUAUAUAUAUAUAUAUAUAUAUGCGGGUGGCGCUGUGGUGUAAACCACUGAGCCUAGGGCUUGCCGAUCGGAAGGUCAGCGGUUCGAAUCCCCGUGACGGGGUGAGCUCCCAUUGCUCGGUCCCUGCUCCUGCCAACCUAGCAGUUCGAAAGCACGUCAAAGUGCAAGUAGAUAAAUAGGUACCACUCCGGUGGGAAGGUAAAUGGUGUUUCCGUGCGCUGCUCUUGUUCGCCAGAAGUGGCUUAGUCAUGCUGGCCACAUGACCUGGAAAAACUGUCUGUGGACAAAUGUCAGCUCCCUCAGUCAGUAAAGCGAGAUGAACGUCGCAACCCCAGAGUCAUGAGGAUUUUUUUAUUUAAAAAUAAUAAUAUAUUGCAAACUGAUGAGGAAAUGUGGAGAACUUGGGAAACUGAGACAUAGAAAUGGGAAGCUUGGUCCAUCCGUCUAACUACAGCACUUUUGGUUGUUAUGGUUUAUCACUAAUAUUUUGUUUCUUGGCCCAGAGAGGGACAUGGAGGGAUCCUGACCUGAAGAGCCUGUUGGUUCAUCUGAUUCACCUACUGUGGGAAGAGUAGGAGGGGAUGCUGACCCAGAUGAUGCAGACAGAGUGCAUGACUCAUUCCCACUUCCACCUCGUUCCAUUAAUUGUGGUUGUUAGGCUGUACCUGGCAACUACUUGCCUUUGUCUGAUGAAACUAUUUGCAAAAGAAGGAAAUAGAUUUCGAUAGGAGCAUAGUCAUGAAACUGCACGUCUUAUGUCCUCAGCACAAUCUCUCAAGUCACAUCCUUCAGGACUGAGUGUGCAAAAAUGGCCAUCCAGUUGAUGUUGGACUCCAGUUCCCAUCAGCCCCAGCAAGCAUGUCCAGGGGUCAUGGAUAAUGGGAGUUGUAGUCCACCAACAUCAGGAGGGCUAGAGAUUCCCCACACCUGAUCUAACCAGUUAACAGUCAAUUUUGGCAUCUAAAGUAUUUGUGAAGGGGCAAAAGAAGAGAUGCACACAAUUUUGCCUAGUAUGUGCAUUUUCACAAGUAAUUUUCUUUAAAUUUCCUCUAUUUUUGUAUGUUGUUUUCAUUACUGGACUCUUUAGUCUUCUUUUGUGAUAAUAUGCACAUUUUUAAUGCAUUGUUUGUUUGGAGUUCUGAAUCAAUAUAAAGAGAAGUGCAAUUUUUGAAGGGGAGAACUGUAUUCCAGUUUGCAUAUUAUUUCAGAUGUGCAUUAACAUGUGAACAGUUUUUUCUACCAUCCCUUCAUGCAAGCAAUCUUGUGUUCUUGGAUAAGAGAUGCAUAGCGUCAUGUAAUAGCACAGAAGAAGUUGUAGAGUUGGACUGGGAUGCAAACACACAAAGAAAAACCUGAUAGGGCUGGAGAGCGAUGAAGAUGGCAGUCAAGUCUCUUAAGCUUUAAAAAAAGUGUGUAAAGCAAAUAGGGAGGCGAGAGAGGGUGGGAUCUUCAAUAAAACGGCUUUCACAAAGUAAAGCAGAAUGGACAACUUAGGUGUUUCAUAAAUAAAUUGGCCAUUUGGCCGUUUGGGUGUGAUCCAGCAGGAUUCUUCUUAUGUUAUUUAACAAGAUUUAUCAACUAAUUAAUCAACAGAAACCUCAGAACGGUUUACAUAAAACAAAAUAAAAAAUUAAUGGGGAAAUACUGAUAAAAGCAAACUUUACAAAGCAAGUAAAAUAAGAUUUUAUUAAAAUAUAGAUAAAAUCGGUUUAAAAAAAAAGAAAUGUACCUAAUAACAUUAUGUGUCAGGGUAAGCUUGCCCAAACAAGAAAAGUGUUUAUCAUGCAUUGAAACCACUACAGCUGAAGAUGCCUGCCUAAUAUUAAGAGGCAGGGAGUUGCAGGGAGUAGGUGCUACCGCACUGGAAUAUUCAUUAUGUUCUUAGUGAUUACAUUUAAAUUAAUCACCAAACGUAGGUGCCUUAUAAAUGUUGUAUAAUUAUUAUGAUUAUGAUUAUUUUAUUAAAUUUUUAUGCCACCCUUCAUCCAAAGAUCACAGGGUGGUUUACAAUAGAAAAACACAAAAAUGCAUACUGCAAUAACAAACAAAAACAAUAACACAUACACACACACACACCCCACGCAGUUUAAAAGGCCAUGUCUAAUUAGCCAAAGGCCUGGGAAUGGAGGAAUGUUUUUUUGCCUGGUGUCCAAAGAUGAGAGUGAACAAAGUGAUCACACAGAGAUCACACAACAGCAAUUCCAAGCAAUGACCACACACACACCCUUCUCUCUCCGCCAAAGUCCUCCCAGGUCUUCUUCUGAUUCUUCCAUGUCCAUUAUUUUUCUCCUUAAUCAUCUACCACAGGAGUGGGGAAAGUAGUGUCCUCUGGGUGUUGCUAGACUGACCAUUCUUGACCAUUGGCCAUGCUGGGGCUGACGGAAGUUGUGGUUCAGCAAUAUCUGAAAGGCCACAUGCUCCCCAACCUUGAUGUAACCAAUUGCCCUGUAUUGUAUCAUUCAUUCAUUCAUUCAUUCAUUCGUUCAUUCGUUCGUGCAGUUGCAAAGCAUGAGAGUCUGAAGCUGGUUAUGAACUUUGCCCCAGGGUGCGAACAGAAAUCGCACGCCAGAGGCGCGUGCACAGCAGGAGGCCCCAUCAGAGAAAGUGCGCCUCAGGAUAAGAACGGUUUCAGCUUAAGAACAGACCUCCAGAACAAAUUAAGUUCGUAACCAGUAUUGUCUACCAAUGUAUUGUCUACCCUGAGUAGCAGCAGUUAUCUUAAGGUUUAAGCCACGAAUCUGCCCAGCCCUGUUUUGGGACACCAGAGAUGUCUGACAUCAAAGCAUAUGCUUUUCCACUGAGUUUUACAAUAUAACACAUUUGAUAUAAAGCAGAUUAGACAGAAUCACAGAAGAGAGGUCUAUUGAUGCGUAACACACAUGGUAGUUCCAGGGAACCGCUAUCUGGAGUAAUAACUCUGAAUAGUGAAGCACAUCAGGUAGAGAUUAGGGCUGGGCGAUAUUAGGUUUUCAACAUUGCAGUGGAUCACCAGCCAAACAUCGCAGUUUGGUGAUAUGCCACAAUGUUGAAAAAAGCUGCAUUGGCCCCAGCCCUUAUGGUGCUGGGUGAAACUGCUGCAGCUCUCACUAUGUGAGCUGAGGCUCUUUCACCCCAGUGCCUUUGUAAGUUGGGGCCAAUGAAGCUGGACCAAGAUGGAGGGAGUCCUGCAAUGGAGCCUGGUAGGCUCUGUCAGCAGGACUCCCUUCCCCUUCGCUGGCCAAGGGGAAGGGGGGUGGCAAGCAACCUCCUCCUUGGAGAAAGAGGCCUCUUGCUCACUGCCGCCCCUGCCCUUCCCCACUGUGGGAGCCCAAAUCUUUUCCCCGCUUGUAUGCUAGCAGGAGAAGGAUUGGGGCUGCUCAGCAGGGGAGCAGAAAGUGCCCUGCCCCCAACUGAGUGAGCCCAGAUCCUCCUGCUGCUCUCAUGCAAGCAGAAGGAGGAUUGGGGCUUCCUCAGCUGGGCAGUGGGAGCAGCUUAACAGUGUCCCCAGCCCCCCUCGGCACACUGAGUGCUGGGGGUCUCAAGAGCGGUGGUGGUUUUGCUAGCGAUAUACCGCUGAGUGAAACUGCCAUCACGCUCUGCCCUUCAUACCGGUCCUGGGCAAUAUAUCGAUAACUCACCCAGCCCUAGCAGAGAUGCAGGAGAAGGUCAUUCAGCACCUACCCAAUUUGCACUUCCAGAACCAAUAUGUGAAGGAAAACAUAGAUAUUCUUUCUGAAUUUUGUGAUGUAGCUCUUGCACCCACCCACGCAAAAAUGUACAAAAAUGCAUUAUAUUAGAGAAACUUGUUUGUAAUAAGGUGUGCAGUGGGAAAAUCACAUUUAAAAAUCAGUAUAUUAAGAGAAGUGAACCUAAAACUACAAAUGUUUAUGUGGAUAUAUAGAUUGUUACACACCACCCCAAUCUCCAAGCGGCGCAAGAUUCCAGGGGUUCUAGGCACUUACCCAGAGACUGUGUUUCCUUUUGGGAAUGAGGCAUAGCAGAGAGUCUGGUGCCUUUAUGAUAUAUGGUUUAUUUAAACAUAUACUGUAUGCAACCUGAACCUACAAUGCAGAGGCUCACAGCAUCAACCAAAAAGGUUUUGUUUCUCUCAUAGCUGCGGCGUUGGAUUCAAACAGAAAUCAAGCAUAGAUCUGCCUCUCUUGCUUUCCAGCUUGCUGAUUAAGUUCAAAUCCCUGCACACAUGAAGCCUCAUCCCUGGCUUUUGUCCUUCUCAUCCUUUGUAAAUUGAGCGAGGGGCCCCACCCAUUUGCCAUCUCCCACAGAGCCUCUUAAUCCCCCUUAAUGGCUCAUCACCCAGGCUAUCACCUCAUGAGGAAGCUAGCCCGGCUUAAUUAGAUUUUAACACUUGCUGGAUCUGGGGAUUAGAGGAGUCUGGCACUCCAAACUCAUAACAAUAUUAUCAACUGAUGCAGAAAUGGGGCAAUCCGAGAGAAGCCAAAAUCAACAAAUUUGUCCCUCGUAACAUGAGGGCAGAAAACCACCAUCACACCCUCUUUUGAGCAUCCGGAGGCCUAAGCUUGGCUGUGGUUGGAAACAAGUUCUUGAAAUGGAAAUUCUGUUUGCUCUAGCAUGGAAAUUCUUAUGCUGUGGUCUUUGUGCUAGGUCUGUGAUGAAUUAGUAAACCUUGGCUGAUUUUAUGGAUUAAAGAUGAAUCAUUUUGUAAAGACAUAUUUUGUUUCCACUUCCCGGUCUCUCACCCUGUGAUUUUCUAUAAGGGAUUCUUAAAGGAGAGGGAAACAUCGGUUUUAAUUUUAUCUUCUCAUUUACUGAGGUGGUAAGUAGAGUUGUGUAGUAACCACAACAUUCACCUUGUAUCUAAAUCUGUAGCAUUCGUAAGCAGCCCAAUCUUUUUCAGAUCUAUUCUGUGCUCUUCCAAUACGAUUUGUUAUUUGGCUCCAAAUCCUUUAUGUUAAAUCUGAAACUUUGUUUUGCCUCCAUUGACUUUUACAGAGAAUCUGGAAACAAAAAAUGGGGAAACUAAAAACAAACAAACAAGUGAAUCUUUUCACAUAUGUGGGUGAAAUUUACAAUCAAAGGAGCCCCUCCAGAGUGGAUUAAGCCUGCCAAUUGUCAUGCAGAUCUAGUCAGGAGUUUUUGUGCAGGGAAACUUUGGUUGUUGUUGGUUUUUUGUUGGUUUUUUAAGUCUCUACAUUGUUUAUUUUCUGCCAGAAUUGGAUGCAGAUAGCAGACAUGGUCUCCCCUUCUGAAGGGAUGAAGCUUGCCAAAUUUCAGAAAGAUAGGUGAGUGGUUCUCCUGUCAGGACAGGCAUUGCAGGAAGGAACAGAAAUCACACACAGCCCUAGUUUUUGGGGGAGGGGCACUUAGUUUGAGGGACAUGUGGGAGGUGCCCCUGCAUUAGAUACCCACCAAAACUCUGACAAAUAGUUCCAGGGGCAAUCACAGAACUGUAGAAUUGGAAGGGACCACGAGGGUCAUCUAGUCCAAUACAGGAAUCCUUCACCCACCAUGGGGUUCAAACCCAUGACUUUGAGAUUAAGAGUCUCAUUCUGUACCAACUAAGCUAUCCUAGCUCAGAGUUAUUGCGCUGGGUGAUUUUACCUUCAUUAUUUUUUUAAAAAUGGAAAAGUCAACAUUUUCUCACUGUGAAUAAAAUAGAGUUCUGUUAUUUUAAUUGUUAGAGAGAGAGAAAUGGCUCAGUAACUACCAGGCCACCCAAGUAGUUUACCUGCACAGCAUUUUCCCUACUUUAACAGCUAAAAUUCAUGUUCAUUUAACACACAUCCAAUUAUUGUGAUUGGAGUUCACCAGGAAAAUAAUUCAGUGUGAUUAAAAGCUAGAGUUUUCUGUCAAAGUGAAAGAUUCCCCGCACCUCUCCAGUCCUGCCCUCUCAAGCUCUCAUUGUUCAGCUUGGCUUUGUUUCUCAGAAAAUAAAGGGGGAACCUGAAGCAAGAGAGAUACUCCAGCGGGUGGGGAGUCCCUCAUUUUGUCCAACAUUGAAAUGUGAAAUAAUUCCCCAACUCUGCCUUGUUAAUUGAGAUAUACACAGAGCUGAAACACACCCCUGGUGGCAAACUUAUUUUUUGUUUGUAUCAGUUGAUGGGAGACCUCAUAUGGUGGUACUUCUCCACUACAUACAUUCAUGUUGACUUAACAUUUCAGAGAGAAGACUCAGAUGCAACUCUUCCCUGGGCGUUCUGCCAAAAUCUGUUGGGUUCCACCUCAGAUUCACCAAAAAUCAAUGGACUCUGGCCCCAGCUUCUCUUCCAGAUAACUGCCCUGUACCAGAACACUUCUGUUAAGAGGACAUCCCCACUUUGAAGGGCUACCUAGUCCAAGUCCAAGUAACGAAACCCUAAGAAGGGAAAACAAAGGUCUUCAAGUUGCCCAUCAAUAAUGAAGAGGCAGACAGUCAACUGAGCAGACAUAUAGGUCACUUAGUCACAGCCUUCCUUGGUUGUUGUUGUUGUUGUUUAGUCGUUUAGUCGUGUCUGACUCUUCGUGACCCCAUGGACCAGAGCAUGCCAGGCACUCCUGUCUUCCACUGCCUCCUGCAGCUUGGUCAAACUUGGUAGCUUCGAGAACACUGUCCAACCAUCUCGUCCUCUGUCGUCCCCUUCUCCUAGUGCCCUCCAUCUUUCCCAACAUCAGGGUCUUUUCCAGCGAGUCUUCUCUUCUCAUGAGGUGGCCAAAGUAUUGGAGCCUCAGCUUCAGGAUCUGUCCUUCCAGUGAGCACUCAGGGCUGAUUUCCUUCAGAAUGGAUAGGUUUGAUCUUCUUGCAGUCCAUGGGACUCUCAAGAGUCUCCUCCAGCACCAUAAUAUAUGGCAAAAUAUACUGUACUUCUGCUUAAUUGUACUUCUUCCUAUAUUUGCAUCAAACUAUGUAAAUCGCCAUAUGUUGCAAACCAUCUAUGUAAAUCAGUGCCCUGUGAGAUGCCAAGUACUCAAUGUUUCACAGCAGAACGAAAUGGAGACACUCUUGAGAACUUGCAAAACCAUUAUUCUCAUCAAUGAUCAAUGUUAGGCACCUUCAUCACACACAUACACCUGUUACACAUUGCAGAAAACCUGGAGACUCUUUCCUUCCAGUAGCACUUCUUCCUUCUUAGGGAGAUGAGGGCAGGGUGGGUUGUAUAUGGGUUAUUUCCUGGCCUGUAAGAACAUGUAGCAAGAUUGGUUGAAACAUGCAACCCUCUGGGUGAGAGGCACAUGGUGUGGGAGUAGUAGAAUGAAUGGAUUUUUAAAACUAUUGUUGUUUAGUCGUUUAGUUGUGUCUGACUCUUCGUGACCCCAUGGACCAGAGAAAACUAUUAGGUCCAUAAAUUGCUAUAGGUGUUAUCUUAAAUCAAUUGUGCUUUGUGGUGAGGAGAGGGGCACAGCUGAACCAAGAAAGUUCUACAUGCUAUGAUUAGUGGUGGGCCAAGUUCCCUCAGCUUGCCUUACAAGUCAUUCAUUUCUUCUGAACUUUUCUGGAAAAUAUUCACAAUGCAGUCUUAUUUGUUUGUUUUUUUGAGAAACUUGGGGAAAAAACAACUAGGUGAAGCUCAUGGACACACACUUUUCAAGCAAGGGUAACUGGUGGCAGAUACAAGAGAGACAAUAAUCCUGCUUUUUAUCAUAGCAGGCAAAUGCAAACUGAAGUCUGAUUUUAUAAUUUAAACUGAUGUUCCUCUUCAUUCUGUUGCUGUAAGGUCUGUACGCCACUUAAGAGAUGAUCAUAAUUCAGCACGUCCAAAGUCCCUGAUUGCAAAUUCACACCAUUAUAGUUGAUAUAUAGAUAUAGAUAUAGAUGAUAUAUAGAUAUAGAUGAUAUAGAUAUAGAUUAGAUUUAGAUAUAGAUAUAGAUAUAGAUAUAGAUAUAGAUAUAGAUAUAGAUAUAGAUGGAAUUAUGACUUUUACGGUGACCUGAUAUGAACCUUCAGGAGGGGAGAUAAAAUCGGGUAGGCAUGGCAGAAUGAAUACAGAAAGACAAUGGAGCUUGUACAUGAAAUGGCAAGACUGAAAGUUAAGGGAAGCGUCAGUUCUUUUUGGUUCUUUCCAUCUCUUUGAUGUGAUUCAGGACUAGCAGCAAGGUGUUGUUGACAACUUCAAAAAGGUGUGGGGAACCUUUGACCCUUCAGCUGUUGCUACAGCUCCCAUCAGCCCCAGCAACCAUGGCCAACGGCCAGGAAUUAUGGGAGUUGUACUUCAGCAACACAGGUUCCACACACCUGAAUUAGAGGCUGCUUUGCUAGACAUACAUAGACAUAUAUAGCAUUUCUAACUCCACCAUCUUAUUUCUUUUCAGGUAUUUUAAGUAGAAACCAGAGGCCAUGAACUGGGGAGUCUUUCAAGGGCUCCUAAGCGGGGCAAACAAAUAUUCCACAGCCUUUGGACGUAUUUGGCUCUCAGUGGUCUUCAUCUUCCGGCUUCUAGUCUACAUAGUGGCAGCAGAGAAGGUUUGGGGAGAUGACCAGAAGGACUUUGACUGCAAUACUGAGCAACCAGGCUGCCCAAACGUCUGUUAUGACCAUUACUUCCCAAUCUCCCACAUCCGCCUCUGGGCCCUACAGCUUAUUUUGGUUACCUGUCCUUCCCUGCUGGUAAUCAUGCAUGUUGCCUACCGAGAAGCCAAACUGGAGAAAUAUAGGAAGAAGGUUGGAGCAGACUAUGCACUGCGCUAUCCUCCUGGCAAGAAGCGUGGAGGCUUGUGGUGGACCUAUUUCUUCAGCCUCAUCUUCAAGUCUGCUGUGGACAUUAUAUUCCUCUUCAUCUUCUACCACGUGUACCCAAACUACACACUCCCCAGUGUGGUGAAAUGCUCCCUCGAACCUUGUCCCAAUGUUGUAGACUGCUUCAUAGCCAGGCCCACAGAGAAGAACAUCUUCACCCUUUUCAUGGUCAUCACUACCUGUGUUUGCAUCCUCCUCGGCCUUGUUGAAGCCUUCUACCUUGUUGGGAAACGAUGUACAGAGUGUCUUGAGCCCAAAAAUGAAAGCCACAGGAGGCAGGGCAGUGAAUGGAUGAGAAGAGAGGACACUUGCUCUCUGCCCAACAGCAAACAUGACCCAAAUGAAGUGGGUGUGCAGGUGUUCCAUGGUGCAGAUUACAAACCAUCUACCUCCAUCAUCAAAACUGCUCCACGUUCCCAGAGAACUCUAAGCACAUAAACUACCCGGUCAAAAUUAAAUCCUGGGAAAUUUGGUAAUGGAAACCUUAUGAAAAAAACAAUAUGACUUCAUUCUCAGAAUGAACAGUGCCUGCUGCUAGGCAGGACAUUUGCAUGAUGUGCCAGAAGGCAUGUCAGUGUAUUCCAAUAAAAACAGUAGACAUUGCUGGUGCGCACUUAUUCAUCCCAUGUCUGGAAAGGAAAUCACUGCAGCAAAUUUGUCGUUGUCGUUUUCAGUCCACAAAUGAUAUGCGAUGAUAUGUAACUGAUGGUGUUUUCUCCCCCCCCCCACCCCCCAAAAAAGUAUUAUGUUUCCUUUUAAUUGAAAUGAAUAGGGAAGAAUGACAUGAUUAAUUACAUAAGAUUGUGACACAGUGAGAGGAAUAAUGUCGUUUUAUGUCAGAAGCCGAAGUGCAGCAGGAGGGAAACAGAGCUGCAUCUGGAAAAUAUGUGAUGGAACAGAAAAUAGUGCUUUUUUGCAUCCCUUUAUGCAAGGUGGAGAUGGUGAAAGGAAUGGUCUAUAUCAGGCCCCAACCCAAUCAGGCUGUUCGAUUUUCUGAUGUCCAUAUUUGAUCCAAGAAUAGUGUAUUAAAUAGUCAUUUCCAAAUUCACUGGUUCCCUCAGCUCAUUCCAUCUAAACCACUUACAUUGUGUACUGUCCCAUAACUCAUCCAGUCAAAUUUUUAAAGACCUCCCCACCACCAGCGAAAGGUGGCUGCCAUACUUGGUACUGAGAUCUCAGGAGUGAAAAGCAAUAUUGAAAUAAAGAUCGCUAAUGGAGAAGAAAUGGUGUUGGUCUAGUCCUGUUGCAGCAUUGCAGUUCUUAUUCUGAAAAAUAUACACAUUUUCUUUUUUUAUUGAUAUUAUUUAUCGAGAGAGAGGGAGAGAGAGAGUCAUAUACUGUAUAACAUACACAAUAAAUGGGAUGCGGGUGGCGCUGUGGUAUAAAUCACUGAACCUCUUGGCCUUGCCGAUCAGAAGGUCGGUGGUUUGAAUCCCCACGACGGGGUGAGCUCCCAUUGCUCUGUCCCAGCUCCUGCCAACCUAGCAUUUCGAAAGCACACCAGUGUAAGUAGGUAAAUAGGUACUGCUAUGGCAGGAAGGCAAACAGUGUUUCCGUGCGCUCUGGUUUCCAUCACAGUGUUGCAUUGCACCAGAAGCUGUUUAGUCAUGCUGGCCACAUGAGCCAGAAUGACAAACACCAGCUCCCUCAGUCUGAAAGCGAGAUGAGCACCACAACCCCAUAGUCGCCUUGUGACUGGACUUAACUGUCCAGGGGUCCUUUACCUUUACCUUUACACAAUAAAUGUAUACAUACAUAUGAAUGUAUACAAAACUCUGGGUGAGAGCCAAUGUAGCACAAGCAGACAGCUCUGUGCACAAAGCGGGGUUUCUCCUUCCUCUCCUCCCCACUAUAGGUCACGUGUGACCCCAAUUCCAAAUUGUUGGGCAGACUCUCCACAGCAGUCCCCUUGCACAAGGAGCUUUCCAUUACACAAGCAGGCAGACAUCACUGAAUGUUGCCUACUAAAUCUAACUGCUGAACAUAAAAUGUAGAAUAUAUUUUUUUAAAGAUCAUAUAUGUGGGUGGAUAUGGGUGUGGGAGAGAGAGAACUGAAUCAGUCCCUGCUCCAGUUAUUUCCAACUCUGUUUUCACAUAUUCCACUACAAGAUUCCAACUAUUUCAUGUCACAAACUCUUAGCAUUAUUGUCGGUUAAAUGAUCCCCAGCUGUACUCAAAAUUCCCAACUAAUGCUACAACCCUAACCUCACUUACCUCAUUGAAUCCAAUACAGAUUAUUUCUGAGUAGACACAGACAACAUUGCACUGUACAUCUUCCUUCCUGGGUUUGUGAUUUACCUUCCCAGC